AGGCAUUAAAGGCUCCUUAACAGAAUGGCACAUUAAGAACCAGAGAGCCUUAACAGGAGCUAGACAACAGAGAAGCCAUUCAGGGGAAAAAGCUACUGUGCUCAGAAGGGAAUUAGCAGCUUAACUCCUGGACACUUUCUGAAAUCAUAUAUAAAUAAUAAAAUAAGAAAACAGUGAAUAGUGGAGAUUUCAGAAAAACAAGAGUGAAGAAAAAGAAGCAGAAAACAGGGAAGGAUGUCUGAACUUGAAGAGCAGAGCCUUUCAGAUGUGGAACUGAGCCCAGGAGGGGGGGAUGAAGAUUCACAUUGUUUAUCUCCAAGCACUUCCAUGGUCCCAGAAAAUGACAGCUUGCAAUGUAGCCCCAGGGCUAGAGAAUCUGGAAAGGUGAAAAAAGAGAGGGACAUGGACCCAGAGGAUGAAAAAUUUCCUAUGUGUAUCCGUGAGGCAGUCACUCAAGUCUUGAGUGGCUAUGACUGGACACUGGUGCCCAUGCCUGUCCGAGUGAAUGGGGGUAACAAGGCAAAACCUCAUGUGAAGAGACCUAUGAAUGCCUUCAUGGUCUGGGCCCAGGCAGCACGACGAAAGUUGGCAGAUCAGUACCCUCACCUCCACAAUGCCGAGCUCAGCAAGACCCUGGGCAAACUCUGGAGAUUGCUGAAUGACAGUGACAAGCGCCCAUUUAUUGAAGAAGCUGAGCGUUUGCGGAUGCAGCAUAAAAAGGACCACCCGGAUUACAAGUACCAGCCACGGAGAAGGAAGAAUGGCAAAUCGACCCAAGGAGAUGGAGAAUCCCACCCUGAGGGAGAAGGUGGGGCCACCAGUCAGUCUCAUUACAAAAAUGUGCACGUGGAGCACAGACACACAGGGGCUGGCUCACCCAUGUCAGAUGGACACUCUGAGCAUUCUGCAGGUCAAGGCCAUGGGCCACCUACUCCUCCUACAACUCCAAAAAUUGAGCUUCAGUCUGGUAAAUCUGAGCUGAAACGAGAAAGUCGAUCCCUAGCAGAUGGUGGCAAACCUCACCUUGAUUUUGGAACUAUGGACAUUGGAGAAAUCAGUCAUGAAGUUAUGUCUAACAUGGAGACCUUUGAUGUGAAUGAAUUUGAUCAGUACCUACCACCAAAUGGUCAUGCAACUCACCCGGGUCAAGCCACUGCCUACGCGUCAAGCUAUGGCAUCAGCAGUGCCCUGGCAGCAGCCAGUGGCCAUUCAGCCUGGAUUGCAAAACAGCAUGGUGGAGCAACAACUUCAUCAUCUGUUGACUCAAAAGCACAGAUCAAAACAGAAAGCCCUACCCCAUCCCAUUUUACAGAGCAGACAGGAUCUCAGAUAACUUAUACAUCCCUCAGUCUUCCACACUAUGGAUCUGCCUUCCCAGCUAUAUCAAGAACUCAGUUUGACUACACAGAUCAUCAGCCUUCUGGUUCAUAUUAUGGCCACUCCAGCCAGGCUUCAAGCAUUUACUCAGCGUUCUCCUACAUGGGACCUUCCCAGCGCCCGUUAUAUACUGCUAUCACAGAUCCCUCUGCUAUACCUCAAUCUCACAGUCCAACUCACUGGGAACAACCAGUUUAUACAACACUUUCAAGGCCAUGAACAAUAUCUGAUUUUAAUAGGCCUUUCUUGAAAUCGGGGAAUUCAAACUCCUGUGUACAGUUUGCUAUGAUAUGAUAGCCAAGACAGCUUGAGCUGUUUGGCUUUAUAUAUUUGUAUCAUCUCUUUCCGUCUUAGUCACUGAAAACGUCUUCCAACAAGAGCCAGUACAGACUAUCAUCUUAUCAGUCAAGUAAUAGUGAAGGGAUACUUUUGCCCAGACAUUCAGAGCUAGAAAAUCUGACUGCUGUCUGACUGGCAUUUGUGAUCUAACUGAAGCAAAAUCCACUGGAAUUAAGAGAGAUGCCUUAAAACAGCAUUGAAUCAUAUAUCAGUUCACUUAUCUUACAUUUCCAUCAUCUAGAUUUCAGAUUUAUUUCAGUUGUUGACUGGCCACUGGGACCUUAAUAAGAACACUGAUCUGUCCUCAUAUGUAGUCAGUAGCACAGUAUUACACAUCUAUAAAUCAGGCACAUGCAAUCCAAGUUAUCCCUCCUGCAGAGGAUGCUGAAGAUGCAAAGCUAACGAUACUAUGUUGAAUAACAUUCUUCAUUAUUCUACACUGGCAGGCAUGUAGCCUCUUGCAAAGGAAAUUUUGUAUUUAUUUCUAAGAAGUGAAAUAUGUAGAAUUAGUGUUGUAAAUGACUGAGCAAUGUGUCUCUGAUAUUUAAUAAUCUCUUGCUUUGGCUUACCAGGAUGAUAACUGUUCAGAAAUAAUUUGUCUUAAGCUUACUAAAUGAGAAGACAAUAUUAGCUUGAUUAAUUCAUUUGCAAAGAAACCUAAUGGAGGAGCAAUGGUAAUCUAUUUUAUAGGUACUUCAAAAUAUUUAUAAAUGUUCUUUGUUUACCAAGUCCUGCUGACCCACUUCUCAAGCAAUCUGAGACAACGGGGGUAUUAUACGGUACAUGUAAGGUUGUUUUGCAUGUGUGGUUUAAUAAUACUGGGCAUGUGCCCUUCACAGGUUUGGGUUCUGUUUACAGUACUGAGCAAUCCUUUCUCUCAACCAUAGCAGAAGGAGUGUGAGAUUUUAAGUGGAGCACUGCACUUUCAAGAACAGCUGCUUAACUGAUGUCUGUCUGGGAAGCCACAACACUGACAUUUUGCAGUAAGUACAGCAAACAGCUAAAGCACAGCAAGGUAAAGGAGACUGGAAUAGGUAAGGGGAGGUAACUGCACUGACAUUAAAACAAACAAGUUACUUCAAACACAAAUACCACUGGCAGUUGCUUUACUUUGUGAUACACGGAAUCUGGUAUUUACAUCGUAAUGGGUUCAGAUUCUGUGGGAAUAUAUGUGCGUGCAUAUAUAGGUUGGUAAAAUGUCCACAAUAGCAUAAACUAUGAAAUAUAGCUAAGUAUAGAAUCAUAUAUAUAACUCUAUCACUGACAAUGUGGGAUUUUUAUAUGAAUGUAAUCUAUGAAUACCGAACAACAUUACUGACCUUCUUUCACAACCACAACUGAUGAGUUAUGAUUCAACCAAAUGAGUCACUUUUUAGUAAACUGUAAUCAAAUAAGUUCAGUAAAAUGCAAACAUGCUCAUUGUAAAGGCUCUUACAUAGGAGCAGUGCCCUCACACCAUUGCAGAGGGCUUUACCCCAUGCACCCCCUUACUUAUUAUAUCUAUCUCUGAGGUUACGGAACUUUGUGAUAAAAUUAUAAAACCUACCAAGAGGUGUCCCUUUGUUAUCCUGGGCUCAUCCAAUCAUAGAUUACUAAAAAGAGUUUCAGUUACCUUAAGCCACUGGCAUAGUAGGAUAAAGCCCUGACUACGGCCCAGGCAACCUGAGUCUGAAUAGCAGGGCAGCUCAGUGCUAGAUGGCGCAGGCAGGGAGGAUGAGGAUGCCUAUCCUGGGGAGAUGGAGGGAGCUUUAUAUUCUCAAGGUACAUGAGCACAGUUUGAUUUCCAUGAUGGAGACCAGGGAGACAAACACAAGGUGCUGCCAACAUCAGCCUCUUUGGAAGUGAGGAGUGCUUUAGCACUAAUGCUCAUUGUAUUUACCAGCCUCUGGGUCCUACUGGGCAUACACAGAGGUGGGGAAAACAGUAGAAAACACUAUCUGAUAGCAGUAUAAUGCUGCCCCAGGGUCUUUAAUCUCCUCAUCAGCCCUAUACAUGGGUUGAGAUCAGCCUAGGGGAGACUAAGGCUAGGCCAAUAGAUCUACUGGAUGAGAAGACAAACUGGGAAUACAGAUGGUUAGCUGUGGGGAACCCAAAAGAAACAAAAAGAAAAAGAAGGUGACUCAGUUGAACAACCAGAUACCCUCUCUGGUGACUGUAGUAUAAAACACUGAAUUGCUCAGUCCAAAGAAAAAAUAUCUAGUCCCUGAACAUUAAGUAAAAUGAUUUGGUGAAGAAGUGUUUACAUAUACCAUUCCUUCUUUGAUAUUGUUUGUUAGCUUGAAUUUCUUUUUGUGAGUUAAUGUGAGUUAAUGCUCUGCUACACCACACAAGCAAAACUAACACAAGUAAGCAAUAACGCAGUCGAUGGUAUGUGUAAAAUAUGCAGUAAAUCACAGAUAGCAUUUCAAUACAUGCCUUAGAUCAAGAGGUGCAAAACUGACGUCCAGUUGUCAUUAUGUCAGUGGGAAAUGCAUCCAAAGCCUAUAUUUCAUUUUAUGACGUAUUAGCUGAUGCCAUAAGCUUGUUGUUCUUUUGUAUAAUAUGUAGAUUUAACAAUUUUAAGCAAUUGUUUUUUUUCUAACAGAAAUUAUUUAUUUACACGUAUAAAAUGGCAAAAGUGUACAAGUAAAAACCCAUCACUGUAGUUAUUUUUCCCCUUUGAUGAAGAGAAACAAUGCUUGAAUAUCUAUUUUUAGGGAUUUCAUAUAUGAUCAGUUGAUAUCUUUCAGUGUUUCAUCAUUCUUCUUGUAUUUUAUUCAAUAUUUUCAUAGCAUGUCCCAAAUUUCUGAAAUACAAACAGCAAUCAGUAUGUUUACAGCACUGCAUAACAGGGACUUGACAUACAACUAAAACAUUCAGUUUUUAAUGUUAAUUGCUAUUCCAGUCCCAUUUCAUAGGCAGGUGUAACACCUUUGUAGCCUUAAGUGAAACACUGUGGUGAAACUUUAGCUCCAAAGCACUCACUGCAUGUGAUGUGGACACAAACUACAAUGAAUGUAUGAUCUGAAACACACUCAGAUGCUCCAAUACAGACACAGAAAUACUGCUUGCCUACUUAAAAUGCCAGGGCAGAUUUCAAGAGAACAAGUAGGAGGGCUGAAAAGCAGGAGCUCAUACAUUUACCUGCAAUUGUGACAGAGCCCCCAGUGCCCACCUGUCUAGUUUUGGAACAGUUAGUAAAGUUGUGACACUUUUCACUUAACAGCAGCUUGUGCCAAAGGAUUAUGUAACUUUUGCAAACAAACCAUUUCCGAAAAACAUAUUGGCAGAGAGCAAGGUCAGCUGUGUGACAUCCAGAUCCAGUAACAGUGAACUUCGUAAAAUAGGAGUCAAUAGCUGCAACCUGCUGUAAAUUGCUAAUAUGGCCAUCACCCUGCUGCAUGACUCUGAGUAUCCAAAAGUGCACAUCACACCCAUCCCAAACCCUCUUCAGAAGAGCACUAAGAGCCAUAUGUGCAUACUCUGUAAUUUUGAUUGUACUGCACUCGCCCUGCUUUCGGUUGUAAGUGCUGGCAGUCCCUUUGGAAUGCACUAUUACUUACAAUGCUGACUCUAUUGCACAGUAACCUAUAUCACCAUUGUAUAUGUAUAGUAUUAAGGUCAAAUGUCAAAGACAGACCUGUGUAAGAAAAAAUAGUUUUUUCCAUUUUCUGCAUUUGAAUAUAAUUUUCUGCCUACUUGUGGACUUGUCUAAUUUAAUGUCAAUGUGAAUAUGUGACAGUUAAUGUUAAUGUGUAUGUGUAUGUGUGUGUGUGUGUGUGUGUGUGUGUGUGUGUG